ACGACCGCCCUCCGUGGGCUCGCCCGCCCGUGGGCCCCCGUCGUGAGCAGAUCGACCGCCGCCCGCCCUCUCGCCGGACGCGAUGUCUCGCCUGGAGAUGGCAAUCGGCGGGUGCGGGGUGCGCGUCGCAUCUCCGCCGCCAUCUCGCAUCGCACCCGCCGCGACUGAGGAAGGCAAAGGAAGGCUUCGGCAAGAAAUCGAUGUCAGAACGAUGGAUCCGUGCGUCCCGCCUUUGCUAAUGUGGCUCCCGAUUGCUCUGAUGCAUAACAUUUGCAUGUCUGCCAACCACCCGGCGCGCUUGACGGACGGACACAACUCGACGGAUCCAGACAGGUUUGUGGCUACCGGAGCCGGACAUGGCCUGGCCCCGGUGAAUUUUGCUUUGACGCACUCAGCGCGCUCCGUCGUGAGUCCAGCGCUGUCGAGUGGCCCAUGGUUCUGCUCGCCUUCUGUGAACCCCAGCCGCCAUCCGGAAACGAUCUCUUGACUGGCCGCCUCCCGAUUGCAACCCUGACCUUGCCCCGUGUGUGCAGAGAACGAGCCAUUACAUUUUUGAAUCUCGCAAACCGCUCUCGACUGUGGCGCGAACGCGCGCGAGGCCGAUCCAAGCCGACCGGAGCAAGUGGAGCCUGCUAUGCCACACACCGCAAGGCCUACUCUUCCUCGUAUGGCGGAAUGGUGUAGCCCCGCAUACCUGCCUUGUUCCUGUACCACCAUUCUUUCGACGCCAGGUAAACCGACGGGCGAUGCGGACAGCUGCUGUACUUCUCUCGCUCUCCAGGCACACCAAUGCCGUCCAGGACGGGUUAAGUUGCGCUGCUGUCAUUUGCCGAGGACAAAGAUACUCCGCCGCUGCCGGCAGAUCAUCGUUCGCCAGCACAUCAUGCAUCGAUCCGGCACAGCCUUAUACUGGAGGACACCCUGGGUUGAAUACACCGCCUAGGUGGUGGGAGGCGGAGAGGGGAAAAAAAGGAAAAAAAAAA